GUUUACGGUUCAAUUAAUAUUACGAUCGUAAUACGACAAGAGAUCUCCUUUCGGUAGUGCACUAAAGGAUAUCUCAGGGUUUGUUACAACGACGCAAAUAUUCACGCAAUAUGGACGCAAUAGUCACGUAUUUCGAAUGACAUGGUGCAUCCUCAGUAAUGAUGAAAGUCUCAGAGUUGAUAGUGCAAGGAGCAGAGGCACGUCUCUACAAAGGGUUUUAUUUAGGAAAGGCAUGCCUGGUAAAGGACAGAUUCAUAAAGAAUUAUCGACAUCCGGAGCUAGAUGCACGUCUCACCAAAGACCGCAUCAAAGCCGAGGCUCGCGCCAUUAUCCGAGCGAAAUCCGCAGGAAUAGCGACGCCGGCUUUAUACCUAGUAGAUUUGGAGCGACGCAGUAUUUAUAUGGAAUACGUAGAGAAUGCCACAGUGCUGAAACACUUCAUAGAUGAGAACAUUUCGAGAAAAACCGACGUGGAUCAUUUGCUGGAUUUCAUAGGACGCGGACUGGGCACACUGAUAGCUAGGUUGCACUCGAGGCAUAUUAUUCAUGGCGAUUUGACUACAUCAAAUGUACUACUCAAGAACAACUCAAUAGAGUCAUUCUACAACAAUCAAUCAGGAGCCAAGGCACAGUUCGUGAUGAUUGACUUCGGAUUGGCCCGAGUGGAUUCCACUCUAGAGGAUAAAGCCGUCGAUCUAUAUGUUCUCGAACGAGCGCUACUUAAUGCGCAUUGCGAAGUGCCGACUCUGUUCUCCCGUAUUUUUCAUUACUAUCAACAGCAUUAUCAAAAUAAAAACCAAUGCGAGCAAAUAUUCACUAAAUACAAGCAGGUACAAGCGCGAGGACGUAAGCGCUUGAUGAUAGGAUAAAGCGAUGGAAACGCUCCUAAAAUUUAUAUUGUAAAAUUCUGAGAAAAAUAUGAAUACAAUGUAUUCAUACAAAUGUAUUUUUAUAGCAUUACAGAACGCCUUUUACCAAAUUUUAUAUGUUGAUCAAUUGUAGACACUCAAACGAGAA